AACAGCGUCAAGGGGUGCCUGACCGGGUGUUUAAGAAAGAUCCAAAAUGCAAUGAGGAUCAAAGCCCCACAUUUCCCUAGUGUUACUCGAAAUGGGAAGACCUACAGUAUCUCAGAUCCCGUUCUAGAUCCUGGAUAAACAAGGUACAGGCUGGUAGAUGCUUGGCUUUUGUGCUAUACUGACCAGGACCUAGAGAGUCAAACGGAGAGUCAAUGAAGUCCACGUUCUUCUAUAUUUUCUUGUCACUUAAUUCUAGUUGCUGGAAGUGUGCUAACUAGGCGUCUUCAGUUCAUAUUAUAGUUUACGACGACCCAACUGUUUAUGUUCCAACACGAAGCGCAAGCAACCAUGCCACGCUUCGAGCAUCAAUAUGCCCCGGUCGGCUCCUCGAGCGACGACGUAGAGUCAACUCACGCCUCCGAAGAGAUUGUCUCACCAAACGAGAAAGACUUCAGAUUCUUAGGAUCCAACUCAAGGCUUCGUUGGAGACUAUUCGGCCCCGUUGCGUGGUCACUCACCACCUUCCUCUUAGUUGCUGUAGUCUGUCUUCUGGGUGCCGCAGUCACUCGAGAGCCAAACGAGGCCGAAUGCAUCGCAAAGACAAGUAGCUGGUCCCCCGCGUUCGAAGCUGUGCGAUAUAGAAACAUCAAAUGGCAAAAUACCUUCAGCGAGAAAUCGAUUUACAGAGGAAAACCAACAAAGGAACUGGAGCAGGCAUGGUCGGAUCUAUGGAAUUUUGGCCCUGUCAAUAUUCCAUAUAGCGAGCUAGAUAGAAUGAACAAGUCACGAGAGGUGACCUGGGCAAGAGCGAAACCCGAAGAUGGUGGCGGGUUGAUUGGUUCACUUGAGGUCUUCCACCACAUCCAUUGUCUUGACCUGGUUAGACAAUACGUGCACCGGGACGAAUGGGACUACAGCGACCAGCCAGCAUUCGAUGGCACUCCUGAGCAGGUAUUAGAGCACGUAGACCACUGCAUAAACAGCUUGAGGAUGGUUCUACAAUGUACAGCGGAUGUGUCACCAUUCUUGAUCAAGAGCGACCCUAAGCGACCACUGGGAAUCGAUCCAGAUUUUAACUCGCAGCACAAAUGCCGCGAUUUUGAGGCUAUUCGGAAAUGGGCCAGGGAGCAUCAGUUGGACAGGAAGAAGUAUGAGAAAGAUAUUUCUAAUCAUCAUGGGCAUUAAAAGCGUGGAUAGUCAGGUGUAAUUAUUUGCUUUACGUAUAAAAUGGGUUAAAAUGGCUCAAACUAUCA